AUGAAGGUUGAGGAGGAUAUGAAGGUCGAGGAGGAUACGAAAGUCGAGGAGGAUACGAGGAUAAUGAAGGUUGAGGAGGAUAUGAAGGUCGAGGAGGAUAUGAAGGUCGAGGAGGAUAUGAAGGCCGAGGAGGAUAUGAAAAUCGAGGAGGAUAUGAAGGCCGAGGAGGAUAUGAAAAUCGAGGAGGAUAUGAAGGUCGAGGAGGAUAUGAAGAUCGAGGAGGGUAUGAUAAUCGAGGGUAUGACUCAAAACCAUAUGAUAACAAAUCUCAAGGCAUUCUCCUCAAUCCGACGAGUGCCAAAUCAAAAUCGCAAUUCAUAUUCCUCUGAAUACAGUGACGAUGCUCCACUUGUUACGAAAAUGCAAUCGUCAAGUUCAGCUUCUGUUACUCUCAACAGGAUGAAGAGAAAUGCCCGCUUUUUGGUAUAUUUACUUGAUUUUAACUCGGAUUCUUCAAGUGAUGAGGAAGAGGAAGAGAGCGAGAGCGAUGACGAACAGCCAUUGAGUAAGGCGGUAAAUAGUAAUGGUACUAUGCCAGGAAGAGGGGUUGGUUAUUACUCGAAUCCACCGAGUUCGUUACGAUCCGAUGAUUAUGAUAUGCGUGGAAAUGGUGCGCCAGUUCAGCCUGGCUUCCUGUCAAUCGGUUUGCACCAGUUCCUUAUCAAGAUGAGACUCUCCCAAUACGAAGCACGGGCUCUCGCUAUUGGAAAUGUCAAUGCACCGAUUCCUCCUGCCCCACCAGCGGCUGUCGAUCCAUCACUUAAACCCAUUCCAAUACUGUAA